GUCAGUUUAACACGUGGCUCUCCGCACCGGAUUCCCUGCGACCUUUUAUAGGAGCCAGUCUCUCGCCCCCCUGCUCAUUCAAAACAUUUAUCGUUUCUCUCUCUAGGGUUUGUGCAUGGCUGCAUGGGCGAUCUCCGCUUCUCGUCUCUCAGUUAUGUUUUUACCGAGUCUUAAUUAGCAAUUAGCAACUAAGGUACCUUUCUGGGGUAAUGGAGCAGUCUUCACAGCCACCACCGUCAUUGAUGGGGAUUGUACCUGGUGCAGCUCAAAUAGCUUAUGCUGCUCCCCCUUAUGCGCCUCCCAUGGUGACCGGUGCUUCACCUGUCAUAGGAGCCAUGCCUUCUACCCAGUCUCUUGUUGGUGCCUCCCCAUUCUCCACUGCACAGCACCAGCUCUCAUAUCAGCAGGUCCAGCAAUUCCAUCACCACCAACAACAGCAACAACAGCAACAACUGCUGGCUUUUUGGUCCAACCAGAUGCAUGAAAUUGAGCAAACAACAGACUUCAAGAACCACAGCCUUCCUCUUGCCCGGAUCAAGAAAAUCAUGAAGGCUGAUGAAGAUGUGCGGAUGAUCUCUGCUGAGGCUCCUGUGAUCUUCGCCAAAGCUUGUGAAAUGUUUAUCCUGGAGCUCACUUUGAGAUCCUGGAUCCACACAGAGGAAAACAAGAGAAGGACCCUACAGAAGAACGACAUUGCUGCAGCUAUAACCCGAACCGACAUAUUCGAUUUCCUUGUAGAUAUUGUCCCAAGAGACGAGUUGAAGGAAGAUGGCCUGGGGAUUCCAAGGGCAGCUCUUCCAGGAAUGGGUUCGCCGUCAGAUACGGUCCCAUACUAUUAUGUGCCAGGCCCGUCGCAGGUAGCCGGAGCCGGUAUGAUCAUGGGGAAGCCUGUCGAUCAAACAACGGCCGCAGGUGCAGCAGCAAUGUAUGCUUCUGCUUCGCAGGCUCAUCCAAUGGCCUAUGUUUGGCAGCAGCCUACUGUGCAGUCAACUCAGCUGCAACCAGAGCAGGACCAGAUGCCUGAUGGUGAUUGAGAUGCUAGGACUGCUAGAAAGAAGAGUUGAAGUUUGUUUGUGUUAACAAUUCUGAUAGGUUUGUUGUGCAAUGUAUGCACUUAGCUUAAAAAACUACUGUUCUUGUGAUAAUUUUUCUUGGGAAUUUGGCAGUUGGUAAAGGAGCUAAGAAGGUACUUAUCUGUUGUGAGAGGGAUCCAGGUUUUAUGUUUAGUAGUUCUAUUUGUAUGAAUUUUAAAUUUUUAAUGGAAUCUGAAUCUUGAAGAGGAGAAUUCUUUCCUCUCUUAUCAUUUUCUAA